AUGCGGAACUUAAGAAACCUUCGAUUUGGCCGGCUAGCUCAGGCUGAUGUAACCGCUGUAUGCUGGGAUCCUGACACGGAUGAGGUUGUUUGCGCUGUCGGUCCAACACCCCAGAAUCCUACCAUUCAGCUGUUCCGUGUCUCUGAAGGUCGCAAUCUAUCACAGCGCCUCAUUACCAAGUGGGAUGCUCCGAGUCCAAACCCCGAUCUAGCAGUAGACAGGAUCCUCAACAUCCAGUAUCUGGGUGGUACUGCAACGAUAUGUCUUGUUUUAGAGGGCGGCGACAUCAUUACCGUCAAGGAAGACCAGCUCGGCCAGGGAGAUGCUCACAUCGAAAUAGUUGGCUCGAUAGACGACGGAAUCUCUGCAGCCCGGUGGUCUCCCGAUGAGGAGUUGCUCCUCCUUGUCACAAAGGCCAACAAUGCCAUCUUCAUGGGCAGUUCCCUAGACCCUGUAGCCGAGGUCGCCAUGACAGCGGACGACCUUCAGGCAUCUAAACACGUCUCUGUCGGCUGGGGCAAGAAAGAAACUCAGUUUCAAGGUCGAGGCGCCAAGGCUCUCCGUGAUCCUACCAUUCCUGAAAAAGUCGACGAAGGUGUUCCCAGCCAACACGAGAACGGCGCUACAACAAUCAGCUGGCGUGGCGAUGGCUCUUUUGUCGCCAUAAACUCGGUCCAACAAGGGUCUCGUCGAGUCAUACGUGUGUACUCUCGAGAAGGUGAGCUUGAUAGCGCUAGCGAGCCAGUCGACCACUUUGAGAGCAGUCUCAGCUGGAGACCAUCUGGAAAUCUGAUGGCCGGCAUUCAGCGACUGCAUGACAGGAUUGACGUCGCCUUCUUUGAACGAAACGGUCUUCGCCAUGGGCAAUUCACUUUGCGCUCUUCUCUCGAAGACGUGACGGCAUGCUCCAACAUUCAGCUAGAAUGGAACACCGAUUCAACUACCUUGGCGGUAAUUCUUAGCGAAACAGUCCAACUGUGGACCAUGGGUAAUUAUCACUGGUAUCUGAAGCAGGAAAUUCCAAGAGACGCCGGCGGUGUCCCCACACUAUCAUGGCAUCCCGAAAGGGCGCUGCGACUGGCGUCUCCGACUGGCAACGGCCUUGUCGUGGCUGAGCAGGUCUUGCAUUGUGCUCGAGGCUCUUGCCAGCAGCCCUGUGAUGUCGGUGCCGUCGCCGUGGUAGAUGGAUCAAAUGUCAAAUUCACUCCAUUCAGAACUGCCAACGUGCCUCCACCCAUGUCCUUUAGCGAUAUUGAGACCGAGUCAUCGGCAAUCGACAUUGCAUUUGGCCACCGCAAUAGCUCGUUCGCCAUUCUUCACCAUCGAGGUGUUGAUCUCUACGAUCUGUCCAUUACCAACACCAGGGCAGGUCGGCCGAAGCUGACCAAAAAGCUCCUACUCUCUCUGCAACCUACUGAGUACUUUUUGCCACUUCGGAUCGUCGCGACGUCAGUCGGAUAUAGUCUGUUUGCUUACCAGGGUGACAAGUUCGUUAGUGCCGCCAUUGCUGCCCACGAUGAAAGCAUAGAGGCUUUCAAGGAUGCCUCUACUCCUCUAUUGAGCACAGCUACGUGCGACGACGGUUCCUUUAUCGAAGGAUAUGGCCAGGAUGCUUCUGGAAAGCUGUAUCAAAUUUCUGCUGCAUCAGCAAAGCCGCUCAGAAUCCAAUUUCCUUCCUUGCUGCCUUCGUUUGAGAUUUACAAGUCGAGCGACGAUGCCGUCAUUGCAUUUGGUCUAUCACGAACCGGUCACAUUUACGCAAACACAAAGCAGUUGGCCAAGAACUGCACAUCCUUUAUUCUCACACCUCAUCACCUCAUUUUUACGACCAGCAAUCAUUUCGUCAAAUACGUUCAUCUCAUGGAUGAUGUAGAAGACUUGGAAGUCCCUGGUGACGAUCCAGAAAAGGACGAACGAUGUAGAAGCGUCGAGCGGGGGUCACGUCUCGUCACAGCGAUGCCAACAAACAUGAGCAUUGUCUUGCAAAUGCCGCGAGGCAACUUGGAGACGAUUUAUCCCCGUGCAAUGGUUCUCGCCGGUAUCCGUCGUCUCAUUGACGCCAAGGACUAUGGCGCAGCCUUUUCCUACUGCAGAACCCAGCGCGUGGAUAUGAAUGUGCUCUGCGACUACAAGUUUGAGCAGUUUUUGGCUUCCGUUCCCAUUUUCCUGGACCAGCUAAACAACAUAUCCUACAUUGAUCUCUUCCUUUCUUCUCUCAAGGAGGAGGACGUCACGCAAACCAUGUAUCAAGAUACAAAGAGGUACAAAUCAGCCGCCGGCGUACCUUUUUCAGAAGGGGAGGCCAGUCUGGCGACGAAGCUGUCGGGUGGCAAGGUCAACACGGUCUGCGACGCUCUUCUCAAGGGCCUGCAACCGCGCAAGAACACCAACCUGCAAAACAUCAUCACCGCGCACGUGUGCAAGAACCCCCCCGCGCUCGACGACGGUCUCACCCUCGUGUACGAGCUCAUGCAGGAGGACCCCAAGGUCGCUGAGAAGGCCAUUGAGCACAUUUGCUUCCUCGUCGACGUCAACCGGCUCUAUGAGAACGCGCUCGGUCUGUACAACCUCGAGCUGGCACUCCUCGUCGCUCAACAGUCGCAGCGCGACCCCCGCGAGUACCUCCCCUUUAUGCAGACGCUCCACGCGCUGCCCAAAGUGCGGCGCAGGUUCGAGAUUGACGACCACCUGGACCGCAGGUCCAAGGCACUCGCGCAUCUACAAACGCUCGACUCGUUUGACGAGUUUUGCGGCUACACGACCAAGCACAAGCUCUACCAGGACGCGCUGCGCCUCUACCGCUACGACCAGCCUCGGCUGCGCGCCAUCACUAACCUCUACGCCGCGCACCUUGAGGCAACGUCGUCGUUCCGCGAGGCCGGCCUGGCCUACGAGUCCCUGCAAGACUUUGUCAAGGCAACGAGCUGCUACCGGUCCGCCGGCGCCGCCUGCUGGCAAGAGUGCCUGUUUGCCGCGCAGCAGCAGCAGUCGCCGCCGCUCUCGCCCGAGGCCAUGAGCCAGCUUGCCGCCGCCCUCGCCGACGCGCUCUGGGAGGCCAAGGACUACGCCGCCGCGGCCACGAUCCACGCCGACUACCUAGACUCUCUGGAGACGGCAAUCAAGUGCCUCUGCAAGGGCUACUUCUUCGCCGAGGCCAUGCGCCUUGUCGCUAGGCACCGCCGCCCCGAGCUCCUCGAGACCGCCGUCGACGCAGGCCUCGCCGAGGCCCUCGGCAGCACGACCGAGUUCCUCGCCGACUGCAAGGCCCAGAUCGCCGCACAGGUGCCCCGCAUUGCCGAGCUGCGCCGCAAGGCCGCCGAAGACCCGCUGGCCUUUUAUGAGGGCGAGCGCGCCGGCGGCGCCGAUGUCCCUGAUGACGUCUCCGUCGCGGCGAGCUCCCGCCUCAGCACCGGCGGCGCGAGCCUCUUCACCCGCUACACGGGCAAAUCCGGCAGCGUGGGCACGGCCGGCACGGGCGUCUCCCGCGCGACGAGCAAGAACCGGCGGCGCGAGGAGAAGAAGCGCGCGCGUGGCCGCAAGGGCACCGUCUACGAGGAGGAGUACCUCGUCAGCAGCACGCGACGACUUGUCGAGCGCGUCGGCGCCGCGCAGGCCGAGGUUGAGCGUCUCGUGUUUGCGCUCGUCCGCCGCGGCAUGGCCGAGCGCGCCCGCAACGCAGAGGCGCUGCUCAGGGACGUCCUCGACGCGGCCGAGGUGGCCGUCGCGCAAGUCUUUCCGGGCGCGGCCCAGCAGCAGCAGCAGGCUGAUGACGAGGAUGCGGCCGCCACCACCGAGCAAUAUCGAGCUCGGGGCGGCGACGCGGUCCUCGCCGAGUGGGCAGAGGCGAGGUCGAAAAUGGCGGAGCCGCCGGCGCUGGCCAAGAUGGCCAAGCUUACAUUGUUGGGGUAA